CAAGUUGUUUACAUACAUAUGUUAGAAUUAUCGAAUCACUCUUCGGUAUUUCUCCGUAUAGAAACGCAUAGUUAAGGUUCUACCUAGAAUCAAUAUCUCAAUCGAGCAAACUUGCAGCAUGGAAAUAAAUUUUAAAGGAAAAAGAGCAUUGGUGACAGGUGCAAGCAAAGGAAUUGGCAGAGAUUUGGCAAUAAAAUUAGCCAAAUGUGGAGCAGAAGUUGUAGCUAUAGCUAGAAGUCAAGAACUUUUGGAAUCGCUCAAAAAAGAAGUACCUUCCAUCGAAAUAGUAACGUUAGAUGUUGGAGACUGGAAGAAAACACAAGAAGUGCUGAGUAAUGUAGGUCCCAUAGAUCUACUUGUGAACAAUGCGGCUGUAGCUGCUCUUUAUCCAGUAACAAACAUUCCAGAAGAGCAUUUCGAUCAACUCUUCAACAUAAAUGUUAAAGCUUGGAUGAACGUUUCUCAAUGUGUGGUCAAACAAAUGCUCCAUCGAAAGGUACCUGGUGCCAUAGUUAACCUGUCUUCGAAGGCAUCUAUGGCAGGACUAGAAGGACUUGCUGUAUAUGCUGCCACUAAAGGUGCUGUAGAUGCAUACACCAAAGUAGCUGCAUUGGAAUUAGGAUCACACGGUAUAAGAAUUAACUGCGUGAAUCCAACUGUCAUUAUGACAGAUAUGGGACGCGUUGGAUGGUCAGACCCAAAAGUAGCAGACCCUAUGAUAGAGAAAAUACCAUUGAAAAGGUUUGGGGAAGUCCAUGAAGUUGUCGAUACCAUUCUCUUUCUCUUGAGCGAUAAGGCAAGCUUAAUCACAGGGGUGUGUUUACCAAUCGACGGAGGAUACACGGCAGUUUAAACCACUACAUGAAGUUCAUAAUGUUUAUUCAGUAAAAAUAAUUCUAUAAAAUAAAUAACAUGGAAUAGAUAAUAUCACAUUUA